AUGCAGCUGAGCAUGAUCGAGCGAUCCCGCGCCGACGGGCCCGUCGUCGUGUCCCGCGAGGCGCUCGAGCUCCUGCGGGCGCUCGCGCUGCGCCUGCUCCGCGCCCUGGAGCCCGUCAACGACCGGAGCGCCUACUUCGACGCGCGGCUCUUCGACGACUCCAUCUCGUCGCUCGACGUCGUCGCGUGGCUCGUCGCCGAUGCCGGCAACGACGCGUCGAGCGCGCAGGACGCGCACUGGGUCGGCCAGGCGCUCGUCGCGCACGGCUUCCUCCGGCGCGCGGCACGGCGCGGCCGCGACGCCUGCGCCGCGCGGGCGGCGAUGCACGCGGAGAGCGUCGCCGCGUCGCGGCUCCGGCGACGCUUCGAGCGCGCGCGCGACGCGCGCUACCGCGUCGACCGGCUCCGCGUCUGCGACCACCGCGCCCGCGUCUCCGUGCGCGGCGCGCGCCACCUGCGGAAUAUUCACCUGCUCAAGCGCGGCGGCGCGGCCUACGUGCGGGCCGUCGUCGGCGGCGCCGUGGCGUUCGAGACGACGGUCGACGGCGGCGCCGCGUUCCCGGACGCGUCGUGGGACGAGGCCUACGAG